CAGCCCUGCUCUUGUCUUGUUUUUCUGCUUGCCCAACGAGUAGCUUAUUAGUAAAUAUAAAAAUAAAUAACUUAAUCGUAUUGAAAUGUCGGUCUGCACAGCUACUGAAAUAGCUGAAAAGCGGCGCAUUGCACUGGCAAAGCUGCAGGCGAAGAAAAACCAAACACCAGUUAUAAAUUCAAACACAAAACCCGCAACAAGUGUUAGUGAACAAUUGGGCGCAAAAUCCGCGUCCAAUUUUUACAAAUCGCCGCCUCAAAAUAAUACAAAGACAGUUAACUAUAAUAACAACAAUGUCAGCCAAAACAAGAGCUCCGCUUUUCUAAAUGCGCUCAAAGCUAUAAAGUCCACAAGUGCGCGUGAAUUAGGCCGCGCUGCCGCCCAUCCAUAUCAACGACCCAAUGGCGCAAACAGACCCAGCCUCACACUUAGUCCGGAGAAGGAGCAGCCGCUGGCGUCUGUUUUUACCAAAUCCAUCAACUGUAAAAUAUAUUUGAUAAGUGCGCAGCGUUUUGCUGUUGUACCUUCUGGCUUUCAUCAACAAUUAAUUGAAGUCUUUAAGAAUAUGCCAAGUAAAUCGUAUGAUGCCCAAACACGUAUCUGGGAUUUUGAUCUCAAGGACUACCAGCUGCUGCAGCAGCAUGUCGGAGAUCUUAAACCGCAUGUGGUUAUUGGUAGCAUACCUAAGAAAGUUAUUGACCUGUGCAAGCGACAGGCAAAGCCCAUAGAAAGAAGCGUUUUGGCGUCCAUUGAAGAGAAGCUGGUCGAAAUGCUGAUGCCCUUCCAGGAGGAGGGUGUGUGCUUCGCGAUAGCUCAACAGGGACGCGUCAUGAUCUGCGAUGAAAUGGGCCUGGGCAAGACCUAUCAGGCUUUAGCUAUAGCGGACUAUUUCAAGGAAGAUUGGCCAUUACUCAUCUGCACGACGGCCAGCACACGCGACGCUUGGGCAAAACAUAUAACAGAACUGCUUCCCUCCGUGCCGGUGCACUGUAUCCAGUUGCUGACCAACAACAAUAUGUAUGUAGUGGACGCCAAGAUUUUGAUAACCAGCUACAACAUGAUGGAACGCCAUAUGGAUAAGCUAAUGGAGCGAAAAUUUGGCUGCGUGAUCUACGAUGAAUCACACACUCUAAAGAAUGGCAAAGCCAAGUGCACAGCCGUGGCCAAGAGGCUGGCAGAUCAGGCUAAGCGUGUUAUCUUACUCUCUGGCACGCCUGCUCUCUCGCGACCCCUGGAGCUCUUCACACAGAUUCAACUCGUGGACAGUCGCUUUAUGAACUUUAUGGAGUACACUUCCCGCUAUUGUGACGGCAAGCAAUCCCAUUUUGGCUGGGAUGCCAAUGGCCAGUCGAAUUUAGAUGAGCUAAAGGUGAUCUUAAUGCUCAAAUAUAUGAUAAGGCGAACCAAGGCGGAGGUGCUGCCACAGUUGGCCGAGAAGAAUCGUGAAACAGUUGUGCUUGAUCCCGCUUUGAUUUGGACAAAUGAUGCUGAAAAAACUACUUGUAAUGAGCUCAACAACGAGCUGCAAAAGGCCAAAGGCAAAUCUCGCGAGGAGCUUCUCUUGCGUUUCUAUGCGCGCACAGCAGAGGUGAAAACAAGGGCUGUUUGCGCAUAUUUAAAAACUUUGAUUAAAGAAAAGAUGAAGUUCAUCAUCUUUGCACACCAUCGCAUUAUGAUGGAUGCUAUAAGUGAUUGUCUAAGUGCUCUUAAAGUGUCCUUCAUUCGCAUCGAUGGACAAACCCGCAGCGAUGUGAGAGCCGACUAUGUGGAUACCUUUCAAAAGAAAAGCAGCUGCAAGGCUGCAGUCCUAUCGCUGAAAGCGUGCAACUCGGGCAUCACGCUAACGGCAGCGGAAAUUAUUGUAUUUGCAGAGCUCGAUUGGAACCCUAGCACCCUGGCACAAGCCGAGAGUCGCGCACAUCGCAUUGGCCAGACGAAACCUGUGGUCUGUCGCUAUCUCAUGGCUAAUCAGACAGCUGAUGAUACCAUUUGGAAUAUGUUAAAGAAUAAGCAGGAGGUGCUUAGCAAAGUGGGAAUUUUUGCCGAGGACUUACAGCAUGCCACGCACACAGCAGCGCCGACAACUUCGAGCAAGAUUGAUCAGUAUUUUUCGCCAAACAAAGCUGCAGCAGCCAAAUUGGAGCCAAGCUCAGCUGAGGCACCAGUCAAAGAGAACAUUUCCAGCAGCGAGAAGGAGAAACCCUCAACCGUGGAUAGCGAAAAGGAUAUAGCUGCAUUUUUCAAUGAAGAUGAUGAUGAUGAUGCAUUUAAGGACCUAAUCUUUUGAUGGUUCGGUUGUA